AUGCAGUUGGAUGCUUCAUUGAACAAGUACUCUAGCUUGAAGGUGGCCUUUUAUCAGGGUGAUUUGACCACCGCUACUGCAGUUGAACAUCUUUUCCAGUCCAUGGUGAAGGGUUUUGGUAAGAUUAAUAUCGUCGUCAAUACUGUGGACAAGGUGUUAGAAGAAGCCCAUUACCAAGACAUCGGAGGAGGAAUAUGA